UUCCAAGACGGCGAGGCAUUCCAGAGGACCAAUCGAAACUGGAUUUCCACUUUCCUCGGGCUCAGUCGAUUCCAGUCUGCCCGAUAAAUCGGUUCCGGUAGCAUCGCUCGCAGCGAUAAGGGAAAUAUUGUUUUCGUUGGUUUGAUCCCGAAUUUGCUUCUGCCGCCGCGACGUAUCAGGCAACGUUGAUUUGUGGACGUCCGCCGCGAAUGAUCCCUCGGCAAACAGUAUGCACCGCGUGUUUUCCAGCGAGAUGACGACGCUUCUCUCUUCCUCCAACUCUCUCACUCUGUCUCUGUCACCCGACAUGUAAAUUGUUCCGGUUGACACGGGUCGUAUCUUAUCGGCGAUUCACAAAAUAUGUACAAGAUACAAAGCCGUUCGCCUCGUUGCGCGCGGGUCGACUGGUUCAAUUGUCUGCGAUCGCUGCUGGACAGUAUCUCAUUAGGGAGGAGCCUGGUCUACGGUUAAAUCACUUUUCGCCGAAUUCCUUAGAUUCGCGAUCCGUCGGCGUUGGUCGAUUCCUCUGUAGCGUCGCGCAUCGUCUAGAAGUCGGAUAUUCUUUUUACUAUACGCGCUCGUCUGAUCCUGUUGUGUGAACCGUGGACGACGAUGGCGUCGCUGGGGACUAAAGUGGAUGAGCAAGUCGCCAAGGCACCGCACCAGAAUGGCGGCUGCAAGAACGAGGAUCUGCCGCUCGAAGACAUUCGGGACAACAAUAACGAGAGCAUCGAAGUCGAGAUGGUGGUGCCGCCGGACGGUGGAUGGGGUUGGGUGAUCGUGGCUGCCUCGUUCAUGUGCAACCUCUUCGUGGAUGGCAUCAUUUUCAGUUUCGGUGUGUUCCUGAACGACAUCAGCGAGGAGUUCGUCGUCUCCAAGGCGAGGGUCGCUCUGGUGGGAUCGCUGCAGUCCGGAUUCUACCUUAUGGCUGGCCCGUUUGUCUCAGCCCUGGCGAACAGGUACGGUUUCAGGCUGGUCGCGAUCCUGGGGAGCGUUAUAAGUUGCGCUGCUUUCGUCCUGUCAUACUUCAGCACUUCCAUCGAGUUCCUUUAUAUCUCUUACGGCGUCCUCGGAGGUAUUGGGGCAGGCCUGAUUUACGUGCCGGCAGUGAUAACUACCGGAUUUUAUUUUGAAAGAUGGAGAGCAAUGGCCACAGGGAUCGCUGUCUGCGGUUCUGGGAUCGGCGCGUUUUUGCUCUCACCUAUCUCCGAUAUGCUCGUCAAGAACUGCGGCUGGAGGACAGCUUUGCUUGCGCAAGCAGGUAUGCUGUUGUUAUGCUCGAUUUUCGGCGCCAUGUUUCGGCCAUUGAAGCCGACGCGGAUUAAGGUGAAGUCCACGCCCGAGAACGCCGGAUUAGAAAUGAAGAACGGUAUAAUGGCGAGAGUGCAGUCGACCACUUCGUUGCACUGCGUGCAGCCUGCUAGGAGCGGGUUCUUCGGCACCAACAACAACACCGAAUAUCCGACAGCAGCAGAGAUGCUGGGCAGCAACCAUAACAUUGUCAACGCCUCGAAGUCACUGCACUCCCUGCACAAGGUCCACGUCGAGACGACCUUGGAGAGGAAGCUGAGCAGCUCCGAGAAGAGACUAUCCGCCCCCAUAUAUCCGGAUCUGGACGUGAACAUGGACGAGAAGAUCGCCGAGGAGGAGAACAAUCUGCUGGGCGGUGAUGUGGAAAGAUUGAACGGCAAGGUGCCCACGAUUCGCAGGCACACGAUCAGCGGGCGUCGCCUUCGCGCGGACUCGGACUGCAGCCAGAAAUCGUUGAAAGUCGGCAACAGGCGGAAUCCGUUCAGCAAGGACCCGCAGAGACCGUUCUACAGGGACGAUAUCUUCUAUGGGGGUUCGUUGAAUAGGCUUGCCCAUUACAAGUCGCAGCAAUCGUCCGUUGGCUAUCACAUGUCGGUGACGCGUUUGCCAACGGCCACCGACGUCGCCGAGGAGGAAAGCGGAAGCUGUUACCUCUGCCCCGAGAGCGUCAGGCGUAUCUUGACGACUAUGCUUGAUCUCAGCCUUCUGAAGAGCCCGUCGUUCCUGAUCCUGGCGAUUUCUGGUGGUCUCACUAUGAUGGGAUUCUACACGCCGUUCAUAUAUGUCCAAG